GAGAAAAACUUGAACAACCCCAAGCAUUUUCUCACUAACGACGAAUUACCAUAUUUGAACCCCCUACUGAAACUGUAGCGAAACUUCUCCGGCGACUGCAGGCUGCAAAGCUUCCAAAGUAUACGCCGUUUAUCCGAUGUCUUCUCCGGCUAGCUACAUUCUUCUCUUAAUUUAUCUAUCUCCGUAUCUUUAAGAAGGAGUGUCUUGAAGCCUAACAAUGGAUUUGGAGCUCUAUUGGGAAUCAGAAAGUGUCAAGCAAGUGGCAAUUAAAAUCAUCGAGGUUUCGAGACAAUCUUUAUAAGACUGAAUAUGUUACCUAUCGCAAAGAUUAUGCGGUGAGACCAUGGGGUGGCUAUUGGCAAUUGUUGAAACAAUCAUAUGGAGAAUAAAGGUUUGCUUUCUCAUAGUCGUUCUGAGAACAACGGUUCUAGUGAUUCUAAUAGAGAACAAAGUUUGAAGCGAAGAAAGAUACUUGAGCAGAAAAAAGUCAUGGAUCAACUCAUUGAUGUUGCUGGCGCUCAAAAGGAUCAUCUUUCACCUUUUCCAUCCUUUCACCACUUCAACUGCGGUGGUUUAUCUUUAUACCUGCAAUCAGGCCAUGGCAAUAAACUUUCUCAUUCGCUUAAGAAGUACAUUCAGAAUCUCCUCAAGAUCAAUAUGGCGGGGCCAUAUGGAUCCCAGUGGCCAACUGAAGAGAAGGUGAAGCACAGGGAAAUGGUUUCAACACACGCUCAUUAUAUAUUUGUGCACGAGGCUUCAAAUGCUAAUGCCAAUGGGAUGUCUUCAAAAUCAGAUGCGGAGAAGAUAACCACUACCCUAACUAAAAAGGAUCCUGUGGUUGCAUUUGUACACUUUCGAUUUAUAUUAGAAGAGACGAUUCCGGUGCUUUAUGUGUAUGAACUGCAGAUUGAGCCUCGUUUCCAAGGGAGGGGUUUGGGGACUUUCUUGAUGGAGUUAAUUGAACUUAUUGCUUGCAAGGUUAACUGCAUGGGUGCGGUGGUUUUCACUGUUCAAAAAGCUAACUCUAAAGCUUUGAAUUUCUACCAAAGCAAGCUGCGUUAUACCAUUUCAUCUAUUUCACCCUCACGCGUCAAUUUAUCGAUGGCAGUCGAAACGAGCUAUGAAAUUCUUUGCAAGGCAUUUAAUGAAGACGCUAAAGCUGUAUUGGAGGGUCAGGUGAAGACGGUGUAAGGGAAUGGGCUUGUGAAGAUGACCAAACGAAAAGUUUCCAUUGUUUUUGUUAGAUUAUUAAAAAUGAGAGACGAAUCGUUUGCCGAGAAUGAAUGAUUAUUAUUUGUUGAGAAACUGAACAUUACGAGAAGCAUGUGAUUCCUCCUUGUCAGUUCUAAAAUCAUUGGUAAGUUGGUCCUCGAGCUAAAUACAAGUUGACAAACACACAAAGGCACAAACUUGGCGGUUCAAAAUCUAGCUUAUGGAAUAUGGUUAUUGAACUCUGUAUAUGAGCAAUAAGAAUCCUACACGAUUUAAGUGA